GUCCAUAUGGAUCCGGCCCUUUCCUGUUGCUGGGGGAUCAGACUGCCAAAUCUGCCUCCUCCUUAUUUGAUUGGGAGCCAUUUGUACCGCUGAUAAAGCAGUGUCUGUUUAUCACUUACUUUCAGGCAGAUAAUUUAUUCCUUAAAUCCUUGUUUCACCCCAAGGCCCGUUGUAGCUCAGGGGCCCAGAGUAUUGAAUUGGCCUUGCCUGAGCAUGCGAUUCCUUCCCAAAAUGCAGGUGAGAAGGUGCUGAUGUCACUCGUGGACAUGUUCUGUGGGCUGCCUCCUCAGGGUGGGAGUUGCAAUGAACACUCUGCAGCAUGGCUGGCUGCCAGCUCCUGCUCAAACAUCCCCGUUUAGAGCUCACCACUAAUGUUCUCCAGCAGAUUUACUGUCCUGGAAACUAAGCUUGCCCUCUUAAUCAUCUUUUUCCCCCAAAGAUAUCAGGGUUUCAUAGGAUCCAGCCUUGAGCACAGACCAUUAGGCUGAGAGUAAAUAAAUAAAUAAAGGGGAACUCUUACCAUGAGGUGGGUGACACCAGAGCGGAGUUAAAGUCUCCAGACCAGCACGGGCUGGGGUGAAGAGCAGAUGUAAGAACCUUGAUACCUGCUGUAGCUGAAAUGGAAAAUGUGCUUGUAAAAUGCCUGUAAAAUCAGCUUUUUGCUUGUUCCUGGCUCUGUCCUUUGCCCAAGUCCAACAGGAUCCCAACUGCUGAAGAUAUCAUGCCCCUGCAAUUGCUUUGAAAAUCCAAGAAGCUGAUUUACUAUCCUGCCCCUUCAUCGACCUCUUCCAACAUCAUCCCAGUGCCAACUACAACCUUGCAGUUGUUUUUAUCAGGUUCUUGCUGCGUCUGGAAAAUAUUCAAACUGUUCUGCUGCCAUAAGCAAAUAUUUACUCUAACGAAGGGUCUUGGAUGACAAACAUGUGUUCUCUUUGAUUCCUGUAUGUUUCAAGAUUAUUUCUUCAAGUUCAGGAACAGACUUUAAAGACUGUAACACCAGGGAGCAGCGAGGAGUCCCCAGGCAGGUGCAAAGGAGGACUUUUAUUUGCAAAAACCCGGCCUUUUUAUGCUGUUAGUCGGUUGCCAGUUUACACAGUGUUAAGGCACAACAAACCGAAUUUAACCAACCACCACACACCACGGUGCGGGCACGAGGCAUUCACGCAGCCAGCGUGCCUGCCUUCCUCUAUCCCAGCUGAGUCACUCUCCCUCAGCCCAUUUCUACUCAGGCUAAGUAACAGAGCCAUGAUUUUACCAGGCCUUCCCUGGACAGAGCUUUACCUAUCGGUCACAGAAGACCGUGGCAGAGAAUUCUCCUUCCCUGUCUUUACUGAGUGUCAGAGCAGCUGUCGUUCUGCCCAGAGCUCCCAGAGGUUGAUACGUGGCACUCCAUGAUGGAAAUUUGUACUCUUUGCAUUUUCCCCAUCUCUGGGGCAGAAUUUUCCCUCUUGGCUGAUGGUCUGCAAAGGUGAGGACAACAGGAGUUGCUGAGUGAGCUGUGGGCUCAGCAGCUGUGACACAGGAGCGUCCUUGAGGUGUGAUCCCCAUUAAGACACCUGGGAACAGUGUCCUUCAGGCUGUUCACUAAAAACAAAUGCAAUAAAAGAGAAACGCCAAGAAGUCUGAGGACUAAAUUCCACCACCCUGAGAGCAGCGGGGCUCUGUUCUUCUUCCUGCUUUGGAGCACAGUGCUUCCACGUGGAGGAAGGAAUGCUGCAGCCAGCCAGAGAACGUGAGCAGGACACGUGGAAAGGAGCUGCUGCUCAAGAGGAUGCCUUUUGUUAAAGUUACACAGCCAAUAAACAGCAGGUUUGGUUCCAGUUUCUCCGGCUGCUGGGGAUAUCUGUGAACUUUGCAACUCUCUGAUAAACCCUAGGAGUUGUAGUGGAUGAUUAACAAGGUCUUGGGCUGUUAAAGCAAGCCCAUAACAGAGGAGGUUAAUACUGAACCAGCAGCACGUGGUGCAUCUUGUGCUUGAGGAGGGAAAGGAACCAAAGUGCUUUGGAGGAGAGGCUGUCAAAAACCCGGCUCUGGGAGGAUGAGCUCUGAGAAGCGCAGGAGCGCCUGAACCAGCUGGUCCGUGCGAGGGCGUUUCCAUCCCCUGCCGUGGCUGCCUCGGCUGGAAGAACCUGUGCUCAGCAUCUGAGAUUCAAACACCAAAAUGAAGCUGAAAGGAGAGAAGCAGGAGGGCUCCGAGGGCACUGAAGGUGCAAAGGGGAAAAUGACACUUUCCCUGGCCCUGGUAGCUCUGAUUUCUGCAUUUGGAUCUUCCUUCCAGUACGGCUACAACGUGUCUGUGAUCAACUCUCCUGCCCCGUACAUGCAAGACUUUUACAACAGAACCUACCUGGACAGGACUGGAGUGCCCAUGGACAGCAGCUUCCAGACGCUGCUCUGGUCCCUCACCGUGUCCAUGUUUCCCCUGGGUGGCCUGUUCGGGUCCCUCAUGGUGUGGCCUCUGGUCAACAACUGUGGCCGAAAGGGCACUUUGCUGAUAAAUAACCUCUUUUCCAUCGCUGCUGCAAUCCUCAUGGGAACCUCAGAGCUAGCAAAAACCUUUGAAGUAAUCAUCCUUUCCCGUGUUGUCAUGGGAGUAUUUGCUGGUCUGGCUUCCAAUGUGGUUCCCAUGUUCCUUGGAGAAAUGUCCCCCAAAAACCUGAGAGGUGCUAUUGGGGUGGUCCCACAGCUCUUCAUCACCAUUGGCAUCCUUGCAGCUCAGAUCCUUGGUCUCAACAGCAUCCUUGGCAAUGCUAAAGGGUGGCCUGUGCUGCUGGGGCUCACUGGGAUCCCAUCCCUGCUUCAGCUCCUGACAUUGCCCUUUUUCCCCGAGAGCCCCAGGUACCUGCUCAUCCAAAAGGGCAACGAAGAGCAGGCACGGAGAGCUCUGCAGAGGUUGAGGGGCUGGGAGGACGUGGAUGAUGAGAUAGAGGAGAUGUACCAAGAGGACCGGUCAGAGAAGGAGGAGGGGCAGUUCUCUGUGCUCAGCCUGUGCACCUUCAGGGGCCUGAGGUGGCAGCUCAUCUCCAUCAUCGUCAUGAUGAUGGGGCAGCAGCUCUCGGGGGUCAAUGCGGUCUUCUACUACGCAGACAGAAUCUUCGAGUCAGCAGGAGUGGACAGCAGCAGCAUUCAGUACGUCACGGUGUCCAUAGGUGCCAUCAAUGUCGUCAUGACUUUGCUUGCUGUUUUCAUUGUGGAAUCCCUGGGGAGGAGGAUCCUUCUCCUGGCUGGCUUUGUGCUGUGCUCUGCCUCCUCUGCAGUGUUAACCCUGGCUCUCAAUCUCCAGACCACUAUCUCCUGGAUGUCCUACCUCAGCAUAGCCUGUGUCAUCAUCUACAUCAUUGGACACGCCAUUGGCCCCAGUCCCAUUCCUGCUGUGAUGAUCACGGAGAUGUUCCUGCAGUCGUCCCGGCCCGCGGCGUUCAUGGUGGGGGGCUCUGUGCACUGGCUGAGCAACUUCACCGUGGGGCUGCUGUUCCUCUACAUGGAGGCUGGGCUGGGGCCCUACAGCUUCCUCAUCUUCUGUGGCAUCUGCCUCUCCACCAUGAUUUACAUCUUCUUUAUUGUUCCUGAGACCAAGAAUAAAACCUUCAUGGAAAUCAACAGGAUCAUGGCCAAGAGGAACAAAGUGGAGAUUCAGGAAGACAAAGAGCUUAAAGAUUCCUUCCCCCUAGGCAAGCAGGAGGAGAAGGAAGCACUCUCCAGCACUGAGAUGUGACCCAGCUGUGUUUGGCCUGACAUGAUCUGUUCAGCAGGAAAACAAAUACAGGGAUUCCUGCUUUGAUGCUGAUCUGAGAAUCACAGAACUGUUAAGGCCAGAAAAGACGUUUAAAAUCAAACCCAGCCGAAAACCUGAUGCUGCCAAGUCCUCCUCUUGUCCCAAGGAAAGGGAAAUGUCCUCAGCCAGCUCAGUUCUGUGACCAAGCAGCCGAUGACCUGAGGUGAUGUGUUCCUGGUGUCCUGACUGACACGUCCUGGGGGACACAUGCCAGCCCUUGGGCUGGGUGUGGGGCAGUCGUGUGUAAGGAGUGCACUAAAUUCCUCUGAGGAAUUGGCACUUGUGUGUUUGAGGAUCCAGCAAGGGGAAAUUAAAUUUAAUUUGUUAUA